UUAAUUUAAGAAUGAUUAAAAGAAUAUCAAAACAGAUAUUGCGAAUGCCUUAAUUAUACAUGAGUACAAGAAUGGUAGCUCAAUUUUCUUAGCAUAACCAUAAUCAUAAUCAUAAUCAUAAUCAUAAUCAUAAUCAUAAUCAUGAUCAUGAUCAUUCUCAUGAUCACGAUCACAAUCAUUCUCAUCCAGAUUUUUAGCCAUAACAAAAGGCUUAGCCAUAAUACACACAAGAAUAGAUCUAAUUAAAACAUAAGGAAAUAGAUAAUGUAAAAUGAUUGAAGUAUUUUGAAGAUCAUAAAAUCAAACUAAGUUGUGUUAUUCAUGAAGGGAACUCCAACCCAACCAAUGUGUGGAUAUUCGAAUUAUGCUGUUUAGGUUCUUCAAUUUUACAAAGUCUAAAAUUAUCAUUCGGUUGAUGUCCUUUCUGACCCUUUGAUGAGAGAAGAAAUCAAGAAAUAUUCAAAUUGGCCCACAUUCCCAUAAUUGGUACUUGUGUAGUAUAUAAUUAAUAGUAUGUUAAACAAGAGCUUGUUGGUGGAUGUGAUAUAAUGAUGGAAAUGCACAAAGAAGGCACAUUAAAAGAAUUAUUUAAUAAAAUAUGAUUUAUUAUUAAUAUAUAUAUU